AUGAGUUCAAAAACUACGUCUAACCUUGGCUCCGAGGGCGAGGACAGCGCGCAUCUUCCACACUAUCAGAACUUUAAUUCAGUACCUCAAUACCGACCUGAGCCGCCUCGGCCACCGCGACACAUCCUUCUGCACUACUCGGCUUUUCGCAUCUUCUGGGACUGGGCCAUACUUUUGUUGACAAGCUACACCGCUCUGGUGGUUCCUCUUCGUGUAGCAGUCCUGCCCGAGCCAGCUUGGAUCCAUACCGCCAAGAUGAUGGCUUUAGCCAGCCUGGAUUCGAGUCCUGGCUCCCAGGGCUCCGGCACGGAGGGCAGAUCGGCAGGAUUAGCCCAACAUCUGGCUAGCCUGCCCAGCGAUCCUGGCGGAACUGGUGCAACUGGCGAUCUGACCGACCAAACAAAGAACCAUGGCGUCUUUCCUUUGCCUGGUACCGAGUCGAGAUUCGCUUUGGCAGGCCACAGCAGCUUCAGCAUUCGCUUAGACUCCGACGCCAACGGGAAGACAGCAGACAACGUACGGAGCUCCAUUCUUGCUUCCAUAAAUGCUCCUGGUCCCUUGGCCAUGACUGAUACUAUCGUCGACAUCAUCUUCUGCAUCGAUAUUGUGCUCAACUUUCACACCUCUUUUGUGGGGCCUGGUGGAGAAGUGAUCGCCGACCCUAGGGUGAUCCGGUUGAACUAUCUUCGCGGAUGGUUCUGGCUCGACCUUUUGGCCUGGCUACCCUAUGAAUUAAUCAAAUACAUGUGGAACGUGGAAUCAGAGGCAAGCAGACAUACCACAAUUUAUUACUUUUACUCUAACCGAAACCUCCAAAUGUACUGUCCGAUGAAAGGUCAACAGGUUGCCAGGACUAAGUAA